AUGGACCCUCAAACGGACCAGAAGUCAGUCCUUGGAGAGAUAUUUCCCGCUCUUCAGGAACUACCGUGCGUAAUUGACUACCUCCUCAAAUCACCCUCAAUUUUUCUCCUACCAGUUCUGCUCCCAUAUAUUUAUGGACUUGACGAUUAUUCAGGAUCAAUAACACCUCUGACUAUCGCCUUAUUGUGCGGUUAUGUGUGUAUCCAAAACGGCAGCAAAAUAAAUGGCAACGCUAGCACUCCUACCAUACUCGUUCUCAUCUAUUUGGCCUUCGUCGGGGGGUUCUUGAAGCCCUUGGACAACGGCAAUGACAAUACUAGCGAAAAAUUCCUUAAAAACACCUUCUUAGCUAGUAAUACUGGGCGUUGUAUAGCUCUCUAUGUGAUUUAUCACUUGGUCGUCAAUCCAAAUGGUGGUGCUGUUGCGGCCAACAAAGCCACCCCUCUCCUAGUUGUAUAUGCUGCUUGGGCAGCGGGCUAUAUACAACUCCCGAAUACCAGUCCGAAUGACCCGAAUACCAGUCCGACUGACAAUGUUGAAAGCAAUGGUAACGGUAUUUCUAUUCACCAUGCCGGAAUUCUCUUCAUUUUCUAUCUGGUCUGCGAAGGAAGCUUCCUUGGCCGGUUACCGAUGGUCGAUCCCAAUGGUAGUAACAGCGGUACAGGCGUCAUCAACCUUAGCAUACAACCACCCUCCACAGGAGUUUCGGAAUCUUUCAAGAGAGUCUCAAUAAGCAUUAGCUCCUACGGUAAAGCAUGUUAUAUGCCAAUAUACAACGGCCUCCCCCUACCUUUUCAACCUUGGCUUCAUUGCCUACUUCUUGCUGCUUUGGUCGUCAUAAGUGCCUUUGCAUCAACACAGAAGUUCUAUGGUCCUUUUAAAUUCGCCCGCAACAAGCACCGCUUGCUCUUUGGUUAUCUUUACAAACAGCUCGGUGACUGGUGGCUUUGUGGUGCUAUUAUGAUAUUCCAUCUUCCCUCCACUAUUCAUGUCCCUCUCUUUGAUCUUUCCCUCAUCGUCAUUUCCCUCGCCUGGAUCAAGACCUAUCAUGAUUACUGCAAAGAGCUACGAGUUAUCGCUGGGAAAGCAACAGAAGAAGUAUCCCGUGCUACGUUAGCGGAAUCCGCAGGCCGUGAGUAUGCAUCUGCUGCUGAGCAAUACCGAAAGCAAGUGAUCGAAAUAACGGCGGUCAGGCGGCGCGACGCAUUGCUUGCAAAUUCGGUUAGAAUCACAGACUAUUUUGACUGUACUGCAAAGGCUUGGGCGGCGUUAGAUGAGGUUGUUAGACCCGCAAAGCGAGUAGUCAAAAGAGCAAAAGAAUUAGUCAAGGUCUCCGAGGAGGCUGGGAACUCUGAGGAUUCAGAGCAAGGAGGAGGCAAAUUUGAAGAUGCUGCCCUAAUUUUAGGCGAAGUUGCCUCCGAUGCGUUAACCAAAGCGAAGGAAAUAGAGAAGCAGCUAUCUGACGCUCAGCAAACCGUUCGGUGGUCUACAGCAGCCGUGGAGCAGGACAAGACCGCCCGAGAAAGCGCGAAAGCAAAUGCUGAUAGAGCUGUCUCCGCUGUUCAGAAUCUCGACAACAAGAUGACUCAUUUGACCAGCACAGCUUUUGCAGCUGCAGAACAGGUUGUUCAAGUCAAAAGAUUUGCGGACCAAGCUCUCGUUCUCGCAACUGAUGGAGAUAUGGCAUCUGCGCGCGCAAACGUGGGCUCUGCAAAAACUGCGGCUGAUAGUGUUGUAUCGUCUAAGAUUGUACUCGAAUCAAUUAGAAAUGAUGCACGGGGGAUUUUGCAAACUUUGGUUUUAAUCGAUUAA